UGCAACGAACGGUCUGAGAGCAUUGAAACAUUGAAAGUCAAAAAAUCGCAGAAAAUAGAGAAAGGCGAAAAGUAAACGACUUCCGCCCCGCCCGCAAAAAAAAACGGAAAUUCGCAAUUUAAAACACCGAAACGGAAACAAGAAAAAAAGAAAAAUAAAUCCCUUUUACCGAAAGGAAGAAACGGACAAAAAUCCAGGACUUUCAGUUGUGACAAAAUCGAACAAAGGAGAAAAGUCGGAUUACGGAUUUCGGACUAUAUAUAUAUAUAUAUAGAUUUAUAUAUAUAGCUUGUAUAUAGCUUGAUUCCGGGUCUCAAUUUGCCCGUUAUCCUUGGCGGCUUCGUUCUUUUGUUGUUAUUGAAUUAUUAUAAUUCUGUACAGGAUGUUGUCGCUGUCGUCGCCGCCGUGGCUGCUGCUCCUCGUCCUUUUCUUCUUUGCCAAUGGCUCGGCAACGGUGGUUUCCUUCACGGAGAACGUAACAUUGGCGACGUUACCUGCGUCCUCGCCAAUUUCCGUGAGUUUCAGUACGGUCUCGCCGGCUGCACCGCCCAUUUCCCUCGAACUGGAGAAUCAAACAGUCAUCAGUAGCCCAAGUGCAAACAACGAAGCCAGCGAUGAGCAAACCACUGGCAGUUCCAACAGCCACAUUAGCAAUCCCAGCAGCAGCAACAUCAGUAUGCCCAGCAGCAGCAGCAGCAGCAGCAGCAGCAGCAGCAGUAGCAACAUCAUCACCAGCAACAACAACAUAAGCAAUCUCGAUGCCAACAGGAAUUUCACUUCAAUAUCCACUUCGAGCACAACGACGGCCGCCAAUUCUGGCGGGGAUCGGGAUAGGGAACGGGAACGGGAGCAGGAUGCCCUCAUCCUGGCCACGCCCACUGCCCACUUGAACGGCAGCAGUGCGCUGCCCGAGCAUCAGACCAUUGGCCAGGCACCGCCCACAAAGGGGGAGCAGGAGGCGAUCCUGCGAGCCUUGGACUGGCUGAAGGAGAAGAGGGCCUCGGACUACGGCUGGGGCAACGACACCCAUGUGGUCAUCCUGGCCAAGGAGCUGUCGGGCGGCCGGGAUCCCAACGACAGUGUCGAUGCCCAUGUCCUGGUCAUUCAGGAGCUGGAGGACACGCUGUCCGUCAAGGAGAUGGAAAUCGAGAUACUGGCCAUGCUGGAUCGCCAUCACACGUUGCCCAAGCCGCUCGAUCUGGACAAGCUGGCCCGGUAUGUCCUCGCCCUGGGCUCCCUGUGCAAGGAUCCCAAGCACUUCCAUGGCCACGAUCUGGUGGCCACACUGCAGCACCACGAGCCGGCGCAGGACAUCGAAUUCGCCCUGACCACGCUGUCGGCCUGCAGUUCGGCGGCCCAUGUAAGGAAACGCCAGAUCCGGCGACUGCUGGACAUUGCCAGUGGAGUGACCGACCAGAGUGUCGAUGCCAUUGCCAUGGUCAUCCUGGCGUUGCGGUGCAUCGUCACCGACCACCGCCAUCGCCACCUGCAGCACUUCGUCCGUCGACCGGCACGGGGGCUGGCCAGUCUGCAGGAUCAGCGGGGCAGCUUCGGAUCGCUGCGCAGCACGGCAUUGGCCAUGCAGGCUCUGCAGGAUCUGGAGUACGACCCGGCCGGACACUGGAACCGCACGGCCGCCUCGCGCUACAUCCUCAGUCGCCAGCGGGCGGAUGGCGGCUGGAGCGAGGAGCCGCUGCAGGAUGGCCAGGAGCCCGACAUCGGAGUGGGCCUCACCGCGGACAUCAUCCUGGCCCUGGGCUGGAAGGGAUUGGGUGCGGUGCGGGCACUGCAGUGCGACCAUGUGAUACGCGAGAGCAGCGAUCCCACGGAGAACGGAGAGCCGAAGCUGGCGGUUCCCUUCGGAUUGAGUUCCUCCGCCGAGGAGUCGGAUGCCAAGAACAUCUCGUAUACGUACACACUGUGGGUGGGAUCCAAUGUGACCGAGGCCUUCUCCCUGUCCCUCGUGUCGCCAAAAAACACUAGCUUUUUCAAAGCCAUGACCCAGGCGGCCGAAAUGGAUCCCAGAUUUAUUUUUGAGGCGCGGGAGUGGCCCAAUGGCCACUAUGUGCACACCCUGUACGGCAAAAAGAGGAGCCCCGAGGGUGAGUAUCACUACUGGCUGCUUUAUCGAUUGCCAGAGCUGCCCGAUCCCAAUAAUACGCCCGGGAAUCAGCUUAUUGCGCCUGUUGGUGUGGACGAGCUAAUGGUCGAGGAUGGGGAGCACUAUCUGUACUGGUACAAGAAGCUCUAAGCACGCGGCCUUAGACGGAGCUGCAGUUUAACCCACUAAGCAAAGUCGAUAAACACCCGGUGCUAUUGGACUAUAUCUAUUAUACAUAUAUAUGGCCAUAUAGUCACGACUCACACACACACAACACACACGCAACAAGCAAAGAAGCUAAGAACAAAUAAUGGCAAACACACUCGACCAGGAAUAGGUGUAUUUACUACACCUAUUCCUGACUGGGUGCAUUGCUCCCUCUCUAUAUAUAUUGCAUAUAUAUCUGCAUAAUAAUGGCGUAAUCAAAAAAAAAAAAAAACCAAAAAAAAUACACACAGAGAAAAUCACAAGAGAGUGAAAGAUCGGUGAAUACAGAAGGAGGUUAAAAACGUGGAAGCCCUGAUUUCUAACGAAUAACUAGGAUACAACACCCCAAAAAUACCAAAAUAGUUAAAUGCUCUAGACCCCACAAAUGAUCUCGAUUCGGAGCACCUCAGGCUAAAAAAAAAAAAAAAAAAAAAAAAUUAUGCAUAAAGCGAUAACUAAACGAAAGGAGGGUAAUGGAAAUGGUAAUGUGUGAUCACAAAAUGUAUCGACUUAAAUGCACUAACAACUGGCAUCGAACGGUUAGCAAUCCGUCCGUUUUAGGCCCUCUCAACAAAAGCUUCGCUUGGCAGCGAUGCAUACAUAUUUCGUUGCUCGUUUAAAAAAGACACCCAAAGAAACUAAGUAAAACCAAAUGCUUUAUAUGUUAUUGAAGUGGAAGAGAUAGGGAGGAGAUAUCCUUGGCAUCCAAUGGAUCCAAUCGAUCUGGAGAGGUAGACAAAACGGAAGAGCUGGGAAUCGAGGCCAUCGAGAGCUAGUCCAAGCGAUGAAGCAUGUUAUACCAAACACCGUACGUAACAAUAAGUGAUUGAAAAUCAUCCUUAGACAUACACACAUACUGCAUAAAUCGAUAUAUACAUCUUGCAUAUACAUUUAAAGAAAACCAAAAGAGAAAAAUAGAUAAAAAAAAAACAACUAGUUUUAUAUGAAGUUAAGCAAACGAAAAAGGCCGUGGCAUAUUAUAUAACGAUUAUACAGGAUAGCGACAAGGAGGAGAGAACAGUACUACCCCAGGACACUACUAUAUACAAACGCUCUAUAUGCCUGUCAAGCACUACUCACUCCCCAUUAUUGCAUAGUAGAUACAUACAUACAUAAGCCCCAUGCCGUACUACCCAUAUAUAAAGUAACACUAUCUAUCCCCCGGAAAAGCCUACUCAUUGUAUAUCAUUAUCUACAUUACAUCUACAUCUACCACACCCACAUUUCUUCACUUGUCACUCGAACUUUCAAGCCGUUGAUCUUAAAGCCUAGCCUAACCGAAGAAAACUACAAACUACUACAACUACUACUUGAGAACUUUAAGUGCAGCAGCGAAUCCAAAACUAAACGAAACUUAACAUUACUUACCUAGCGAUCUAAACUAACUCGUUUAUAUUAUAAGCAUGAAAUUGAGCUUUUUAAUUGUGCAGAAUGAACCCAAAUUAGAACACGAAACACCCACACCUAGACACUGAUGGAAAAACGGAGAGAGAGAAGCGUAGGAUUUGAGGAAUGAGUUAUGUAUGUUCUUUAGCCCUGUACUAUACAGUAUGUCCCCUUCUAUGACGACCCAUAGAGUUAAUUUUGAGGUCCACAACUUUCAAGCGACAGCAACAGCCGGUACAGUUGUGCAGUGUCAUUCGAUUUCACUCGAACUUUUCGAAAUUUAAUGUUUGUUCAAAUGAUGUUAUCGAUAAAAGUAUUUAAAAUGAAUACAACUCUGUAGAAAUCGAAAACAUUUAUCGUUUUUUGAGGAAACUAUUGUGUAUCAUUUUAUCGAAAAUUCGAUCAGUUUUAUGUUCUUUUUAAAAGAACUUGAUAUCGAUGAUUGUGUUUUAAUUAAUUACAACAUUUUAGAAAUUAAGAAAAUUGCGUUUUAACCAUAUUGAUUUCUUAAAAUUCGUUAAGUUCAUCGAAAAGUAUACCUUGCAAUUGAAACCUGCUGCUGCUGACUUCUUAUAUUCUG